AUGAAGUUGUUCAGUUUUUUAAUCGGCAUUUUGAUUAUUUUGGGUUUGAUUUUCUCAUUACUUUAUGAUUCUUUGAACCCCGACAAAGAAUACGAUUCAGAUGACAACACACCGCCGUAUCAAUUUGACCCUGAUAAAACUGGACACAGUCUGAAUGACAAACUGGAGAAUCUGUUCUGGUUUGUUCAGAUUUCUGAUCUCCACAUCAGUAAAUAUAAAGAUUUGAAGAGAGGACCUGAUUUAGUUCAUUUAUGUAAAACACAUUUAAGUGUUAUAAAGCCAGAAAUCGUCAUUACAUCAG